CAAUCCGCCCUAACAAUCCCGGAUAUUAAAACACAAACCAUGGAGGAGAAAAAGAGGCACCGACAGAUUGUUCCGAGAGGGAGAGAGAUGGAGCUCACAGAGCAGGGGCUUAGACAAUUCAAUGGCUCAGAUCCGAGCAAAGCCAUCUAUGUGGCGAUCAAAGGGCGAAUUUUUGACGUCUCCACUGCUAAGAAUUUCUACGGUCCUGGUGGUUCGUACGCCAUUUUUGCAGGGAGAGAUGCAAGCCGAGCUCUGGCCAAGAUGAGCAAAAAUGAAGAAGACAUUAGCCCCUCCAUUAAUGAUCUUUCCGAAAAGGAAAUUGGGGUUCUUCAGGAUUGGGAGAAGAAAUUCGAAGCUAAGUAUCCAGUUGUUGGUCGUGUGGUUUAAUUUUUUUUUUUUUCUAGUAAUUAUGUUGCUUUUCUUCCAUGGAUUCAUGUGGGGCUUUUGCUUUUACUGUCUCUUUACUUUCUCUCUCUUAAAUAGCUCUUUCCUACUGUAAUUUAUGGGCAAUUGUUGGGUUUUUGUGUGUUUUUGGGAUAAUUUUUCAGUUGGUUUGUCUUAGAUUAUUGUACAUGUGUGCUCAUGGGUUUGGAUUGCUCUCUGAUCGUGAGAAUAUGGUUUUAAUGUAUUUUGUGUUGUGAGAUGUCGAGUGUUUGGGCUUUGAAUAAUGCUGAAUAAAAUAGAAGAUGGUAAAAUUUGUGGCUGUA